UCCAGAAUCGCAGCUCAAGUUACAUUCCGCAUGUGCAGUCCCCCCCCCAUGUUUGACUCCGUGUCUCAGCCUUCUCUUGAAUAGCCUUGGCUAGCAGUAGCACUAUAAAAAGACUUGGGACAGACCCUGUGUCUUUGUAGUCACAUUGCAAUGCUAAUUUAGUCACCAGAUGGAGUGAGCAAGAAAGACCAAAGCAAAAGAAUACAAGUAAUUAGGAUAACGUCAAUGUCCGGAUACAACGACCGAUUGGAGACAAGGGUGCAGGGCGAUAAGACGUCAUUAUAACGCUCCGUGACAUUCUGAGGCCACAGAACAGAAGGAUGACCUCACUGCACAGACAGCUGAGCCAGCUGCUCGGAGCAUGGAGGUGGAAGAGGAGGGUGGAGGUUUCUCUGUACCCAGCCUCGGGCUUUCACUGCAGGACCUUCUGCUCCACCACCUCAGGACCAGAAAAUCCUGUAGAGAUCCACAAGAGAAAGCUCUUCCUGUGGUUCAGCCACCUUCCUCAGGAGGAGAAACAGUUUGGUGGUUACUUCAGCCCAGAGACCAUGCAUGUGGAUCCACUGAUCCUGGAAAGAAAUGCUGAGGAAAGGGCAGUACUGCUCAGUUCCCCUCUCCAAACCCACACUUCAUCCAGCCAUUCUGUGACUGUGGAACAGCUGUUUGAGCCCACAGAUGCCAGCAGUGAGGGCCGGGGGCUCAAUGUGGUGCUGUAUGGGGCUGUGGGAACAGGAAAAAGUACUGUGGUACGAAAGCUGGUGCUGGAUUGGUGCAGUGGGACCGCCCUGACCCACUUCAAGCUGCUGGUUCCUUUCUCUUGUGAGGACCUAGGCCAACUGUCAAAGGUAGCGUCCUUAAGGGAUCUGGUGAGCAGGAAGUACCUCCACCUGAGAAAAACCCCUCUGCUUAGUGGGGAGGGAAACCAGGCCAAAGACGUGCUCUUCCUCUUUAAUGGGAUGGAGAAGAUGAACCUGGACUUCAGAAUUGGAGCCACAGAGCUUUGCAGUGAUCCCAAUGAGGUGCUUCCUCCAGGUGUAGUGGUGGUCAACCUGCUGAGGAAAUACCUCCUGCCUGAGGCCAGCAUCUUGGUUACCACCAGACUGUCUGCCCUGGACCGUAUUCCUCAGAAGUAUGUGAGUCGCUAUGCACAGAUUUGUGGCUUCAAUGAUCCAGACCGCCAGCGGGCCUACUUCACCAGCCGCCUACUGCAGCACAGUGGGGAGAUUUCACGUAACCAUGAGGCCCAGGCUCUUAUAGAGCUGCUCUACCUCAAUCUUCAGAGAGAAAGCCAGCUGGCUACAGCUUGCUUCCUCCCCUCCUACUGCUGGCUCACGUGUGCCACCUUACACUUCCUCCAUUUCACAGAUGCUAAAGCACCCAUCCGCACACUGACUGGCAUAUACACUAGCUUCCUCAGGCUCAACUUUGGCGGUGAGGUGCUGGGCACAAGGACAGGGACAAAUGUACCCAGUCAGGAGCACCAGAGUUCUCUGAUGUUAUAUGUAGUCCGUACAGUUGGGAAACUUGCAUUCGACGGUGUAACAUACAAACGCACGUCGUUCUCAGAAAAGGAACUGGAGCAGUGGAUAGGAGGAAAGACCAAGACAGAUGAGGAGCUACAUCAGCUGGCCAUAUUCCGGACUGACGUACUAGACUUCUUCUUGGCUCCCUGUGUACAAAAUGUCAAGCAUAUAUCCGAAGAGCCCAGUCAGAAUGAUGAGAGACGGUAUGUAUUUGCUGUCCCAGCCAUGCAGGAGUAUCUGGCAGCCCUCUAUGUUGUUCUAGGAGAGAAUAAAUCAGCUCUGGAGAAGCUGAGUAGGCAGGUGUCUGUGGCAAUUGGUCAGGCAAGUGAGGAUGUCAGUGCCCUUGUCAACAUCCUUUCUAAGUUCAUCCCCCUCAGGGUAUUUGCCAUAUUCAACCUCCUUAAGCUUUUUCCAAAACUCUAUGAGAAAAUCAGCGGUCACAAUAAAGGCAGCAUUGCCAAAACAAUGGCAGCUGAGAUGUUCCGCACCGAGGAUAGUUACAAUGAAGAUGUCCUGGAUCAGGUGGAGCAAAGCCUUCUAGGAGUCCAUGGCCCGCAGCCACAGCAGUACAGUGAAGGCCAGCCAUUUGAGCUCUAUCCCAUCUUUAUGGGUGGACUGCUGCAUUAUGGUAACCGUGUGCUUCUCCAGCAACUUGGCUGCAGCAUUAAGAGCACCACUGUGGCCCAGAUCACAAAUGCCCUUCGGAAGUACCUUGUCAGAGAGCUGAGCAAGCCACAGCCACCAGAGGAACUGAUGGAUCUACUGGUCCUUCUGUACGAGUUUCAGAACCCCCGACUGACUGCAGAGGUCCUGGCUUCAAUCCGAACCAUCCGUCUCACCAACAUUCGUAUGACCUCACUCAAAUGCUUCAUACUAAGUUCUGUGCUCUCAUGCACCCCUGCAAGUUAUCACCUUGCAGAACUGGACCUGUCCUCCUGUCUCCUGACUCAUAACAUGCUUCAGAUGCUGUGGCCUGCCUUCAGACACACACAUAACCUCAAUCUGCAGUUUAACAGCCUGGGUCCCGAGUCCUGCAUCCUCUUGAGAGAUCUGCUGCUAGACCCCAAAAGUUCUAUCAGAGCUCUACAACUGUGUGACAACCCCCUGCUGGAGUCUGGAGCCUGCACCCUGCUGGAGGCUUUACCAGAGAACCAGUCCCUGACACACCUGACCCUGAUGCACACUGGGCUGGGGGACCAGGGGGCCUUGGAGCUUGCUGAGAAGCUCCAGCAGCACACAGCACUCCAGGAGCUCAAUGUGGCUUAUAACAACAUUGGAGACAAUGCUGCCCUGACUCUAGUGGAUGCCUGCAGGGAACAUCCCAGCCUUCAUACUGUGCAUUUCCAGAUGAGCCAGUCAAAUUCGGCGCAGACAAUGACGUCAUUGGCCGGUACAUUUGAAUUUCCCACCCACCACCCACCACCCCAUCCCAUCAGAGCAUACCUACAGUGUCUCCACCCACCAGAUAAAGCGCUACCUUCUCAGAGAUCCCAGCUGCAGAGGACAGAAGAGCGCCGUGGAUUGAAUUCAUUUUUGAAGGCAACGUCCCAGCUACAGUUGGCAAAAAACUGUUGGUGUGUGCUAACCAUUUCGAGACUGACUGUUUCUCCAACCUCGGUCAGUAUAAGGCAGGAUUAGUUGGGAGACUUUUUCUAAACAAGGGGUCACUUCCAACUUUGCGUGGAAUACCUGCAGAUGAGGGACAUGUAAGUAUACAAAUAAUAAGAUGUGCGUUUGUUUUGUAGAUUAGCGUGAACUUGUGCGUGUUGUAGCGUGUGUUAACCGCUAGCUUCUAGUUAGUUUGCAGUCAGCAUGGUUUCUCCUGCAAACCCAACAACCAGCUACACUCUCCGCAAGGUUUAAGAAUUGGGAACUUGUGAAAGUAAUGCAUUUGAAAAUGAUUUCUAAACUGAAAUAUGUUGUGCACAAAACAGUCCAGUGCGAAACAAGUGUGUGGUCGAGACUACAAGUUCAGACGGCAAAGGUUAGCUAGCUGCUACCGUAGCUUUUGGUACAUCCAGUGUUGGGUAAGGGUUACUUUAAAAGUAAUCAAAGUACGUUACUGCGUUACAUUUUAAAAAAGUAACCAGUUACUUUACUGCGUUACUCCCUGAGUAAAGUAACACAAUUACUUUAAAAGUACUUCCAACAUUACUCCCUGAGAAAAGUAACUCAAGCACUUUUGAAAUACUUUUGAGUAUUCUACAUUUCCUAUUGGGCAAUGGACCACAGGGCGCUAAGCCUACAUUUUUUUGUCUCCAAAAUUAAAGUUAUGGACCACUUGCCCUUCACUGAGAUUCAGUUCUCCCAUCACAGCCGUCACUUUGACCAGUAGAAACACAGAGUGAUCUGCUGCCGUAGACAACUGUAUGACAACAACACCCCAGCGUUUUUAAUAUUGUGAAACAGCAGAGGCACUUUGUCAACCCGCUGAGUUAACAUUACUGUCAUUAGCUCCCAGCUCCCAGCUUCAUUUGAAAGAAACUACAUUAUAGACAGUCCGUUAUUUAUUAAUCCCUUUGUGUGUUUAUAUAUUUACUUUUUAUCCGCUCCGUUGUCUUUAUAAAGUUAACAUAUCGCACCGUCAUUUCAAACUUAAUACUUGUUUCAAAUUAAAAGCCCCUUAUAACCUCGACUAAGAGAAUCCCUCCAUUUUCUAAAUAGGCUUUUAUACUGAAACAUUUGUCAGAACUUCCUGUGGAAGAUACAGUAGCUUGAUAGUUUACAUAUGGCGCUUCAAAUGUAGCUCCUGCCAUCUGCUGACGCUUUUAGGUGACUACAACAACAUGUCGACUGGCACAUGAACAGACACAGUGACUCAAAUAAUAGUGAAGGUAAUAAAAAUAGGACAAGAAUAACCCGAUGACAUCACACACGCCGUAAAAGACGACCGGGGAUAAUUGAUGAGUACCAGCAUGUAGCGUGUACCAGGCAUAAUGCAAGUCCUGAGUCUGAAAUAUGUCUGUCAGUGAGUCCUACUCCACCGUAGACAAUGGCAGCAUUUUGUCCGGCCAUGUAGCGAGCCACAAGCUCUGUGGCUUCUUUCAGACUGAUAGGUUUAACGUUAUCUCCGUUAUUAGAACCAAACGACAGCCGUUGCUGUUUCGGAGCUGAAGGACCAGCGUUCUAAAAGUAACGGAAGUAACUGAUGUCUUGUUUGAAAAUGUAAUUAAGUAUUUUAUUACUCAAACAGCAAACUAACACGUUAGGUUACUCGUUACUGCAAAAAGUAAUCAAAGUGCUCUAACGCGUUACUUUGUAACGCGUUAUACCCAACUCUGGGUACAUCACACCACAAGUUACAGUAGUAUCCAAACAUUUUGUGUAAUACGUUUCUGAUCUUGCAAAUGAUUGUGAAUCGACUUUAAGGAGGACCUAUUUCUCCCUUUUCCUCGUGUUUUACACAGCGUUACAGCUGUAGGUCAUGGCUAACUGGCUAAGCUAUUGUUUUGAAACGCUUUUGCUAUUUGGCACACAGUAAGUCACACUGCUAGUCUCAGGAAGAUGAAUUUAACAAUGAAAUUGUGGAGAAUCUAACAGACCUAACAAUUUGCAGCAUGUCCGUAUUGACGUAAGUUUCAACAUGUCUAUGAGUGAUGCCUGAUCUGAGUAGUUAGGCUAACUGCCAAUUGCUCGAGUGAUUAGCCGACAGGCAGCAAUCAGACCUGCAUUUAUUUGUCAAAAUGUUUGGCUGUACUCUGUGUUUGAUUGUGAAUCGGCUUUUAUCAAACGUUUUAUGUCUUACACGCUUACUUAGACAGCACGCUAGUUUGGCUGAUAGCGAAUUGUUACUAAUAAGCUCAAAUGACAGCUGCUUGUAUGUAGACUAACUUAGUUUGACACUUAUCGUAAAAUUAGGCUGAUACUUAUCAGUGGAGAGGGAACAGGACAUGAGGACAGAGGAUAGGAGGACAGCAGGAUAGAGGAUAGAUAAACUUCACUCAGUAUUGUCAUGUCAGGAAUAUUAUUUGUAAAUUAAUGUUGCUGUUGUAAAAAUUACUGUUGCUGCUCUAGAAACAUUAAGGUAUAUUCGAAAUAUUCAGUUAUCCUGUUCUGAAUGUAUUCUUUUUUAAAUCAUUAUAUUUUCUAAAAAGUAAUUAUUUAGAAAUGAAAAAGAAGCAAUAAGAAGUACUGAUAAAAGUAGUAGUAUCAAUAAAAUCUUAACGAUCCCCAUCCCUAAUGUUGACUGGUUUCAUUUGGUACAAUAUCCGUUUCAGAUACUUAAUUUUCCUUUGUCUUUUAGAAUACAUCACAGCAGGGCCCUGGUGCCCAACACCUCUCCACUACAGCCUAGGGUUGGGUCGGUAUGAGAAAAUGACCAUAGGACAACAGAGUGACAGUAACAAGUUGUUUCUUUUAUUCCUUACAAAUAAAUUUUGCAGCUUACUCAAUCAGUGCAAACAAGGGUUGCCUCCUUUGUCUGGCUCAAAGCCAAAGUGUCGCCAUCGUGGUGCAUUCCUUGAUUUCGUCGAGACUAAAUUGUCCGCCAUUAUCGACUAUUAAACAAACUCCAGGCUACAGUAGAGGCGCAUGCGCACUCGCACCUCCUAGCUCAGUCCCCGCCCCACCCCCUCUCUCUCCUGCUUGCUGUCCGCUUGGUGAAGAGGCAGACACAGAUGCUCACAGACUCGGGCUUACUAUAAGCGGAGCGGACUACGUGUAAAAAUGUCCGUGAAAAAUCCCCGUGAUGUGAAAAAUACAUGCCGAACAGUCUUUUGUGUGACACUGGUGCGCGGAGCGAAGUCUACGCGGUCGUGCUUUGCGCGCACAGGGCUUGUGGACGUUCACUUUUACCGGGCGGACCUCCGCAGCGUCCGCUCUGCGUACGUUCUGCCCGAGUAUGCGGUCCGGUCGGUCUCAAAAAAUAAAACCCGGUCCAAGACGGAGUACCGGACCGAGUUGGUAUUACCGAGAACCGACCCAACCCUACUACAGCCAGAUUCCAGGAUGUAGGAUAUAGGAUGUCAAAAGGACCCUCCACAAACUGUCUCAGUGGGCACACAGCAUCUCCAAAGAUAGUAGUGAUCAGCACACAGCUGAUCAGGGCUACUCUGACGGAGCAACCCAAGAAGAAAUGGUACGUAAUACAGACAUUAUAUGUGUUUUUGUGUUUGAGAUACAGUAUCUGGAAAUAUUUUACAGUACUGAAAUGAUGUGUCCCAGAAGCUUCAGAAUAUAUAUUUCUGCAUCACAUUAUCACAUGCCUUUGACUUUGUUAUGAUGUUAGAGCAGGGGGAAAAAAAGGUGAAAAAGGGAGAAACUUAAACAGAGCUGGUAGACCCCCAUGAUAAAAUAAUAACAUCAGAUAAAAAAUAUGAAAUAGUUGUGGCAACACUUGAAAUAUAAACAAGAAAGGUGGAUUCAGAGAAGCACUUAAAUUACACACAAGGAAAUCAAUAUUUAAAUUCAAUAAUUUACAGACUUUAGAUGACCUAAUGAGUCUUCCCCCAUAAUCCCCAGCCCAAAGGACCUGGCAUCCCAGUAUCAGAGAAUUUCAAAGGGGGAAGUGGUUGCCUUACACGACUCUCACUUCAGCCAAGGGGCGGCUGGAGACCAAAGCAGUGACCAGCCGGAUCAGGAAAACUCCUGGCAUGUCAAACACAGAACGGGAUGGACACCUGAAUGGAAAGAAUUAGACGCUAUUAGUGUUGCAGAUAAAACACUGCUGUGUUUAUAUUUAUAUUUCUAUCUAUUGUAUAUCAUUUAGUACGUUUUUUUGUAGUUUUUCUUUUUUUACAUGUGCUAAAAAUAAAGUUCUUUUGACAAAAGACUUACUUGUCAUUUCUAUGUGUUAUAUAUAUAUAUAUAUAUAUAUAUAUAUAAUUAAUCAUUAUAUUGUCAUUACAUGUCAUAAAAACACACUCUUCUUCAGUUCUGUGCUGUUAGUGUCCAUAGUCAUACCUGUAAAUGUUAGAUGUUCUGUGGGCUGUACGGAUUCAAACAGUCGGGCUCCAGACCUGGAUGGUGUAUCAUAUAUGUAGGAUGAACUGGAACCUGGUACGUUACCCCAAAACCUAAUGGGUAAAAAAGACACAAGUCAUACUGUUUUAUAAAUAUUUAUAAAAAUGUUAGAAUAUAAAUUGCAAAUAAAGACUCAGGAGACAACAUCACUGCAUAGAACAAAUACUGAUCCAGGGAGCAACAUGUGUUUUACUAUGAAACUUUGCUUACAUAGAAAUGCUGUGGAAAAACUGACACAUUGGUACAUUGUACAUAUUGUAGCUUACAAACACAAGGUGAAGAUGAUUUUAAAAUGCAGCUACAUUUUAGUAGAAUGGUUUCAGUAAACAUUACAGCUAAGACAUCUGAAUGUACCAGUUAUUUCUAUUAAUUUGUUUUUGUAUAAUCCAAAAAGCUGUCAUCUCAAUCUGCUGUGGUAAAAUUGAUGAAUUCAUGGGUUAAAUCUUUUGUGUUUUUAACGGGGAAUGUGUUAUAAGCAGAAUUUAUAUUAACUUUGGUAUACCCAACACGAGCUCCAUUAGUCUGAUCGAUAAGGCUGUUUAGAUUAAAAAUGAGUUAUUCUUUACACUAUGUCAUAUAACAGCUGAGUGCUGCUGUUGGUGUUUCCACGUUAUGUUGUAACUGACUAUAUUGUUAAAAACCUUUUCUACUCUGCAGCAGACCUUUUCAACUUCAUUCAGUCAGAGGACAGACAUAGAGUUGUUCCCAUAACGUCAGAUAAGUCACAGUUAUCAUGUUACAGCUGAAAUACAAGACGGCUACAAAAUAAAAACUUACCACUGAGGAGAAACGUCCUGCUCCAGUGUUUGUUUCGCAGCUGUCUGUCAACUUGUGCUUCUUCACUGAAAUUGAGCUGCCAUAGUUAACUUUAGCUUUAGCCUCAGCGGUGUCGCUUCGCCAGUGACAGAUAAGGUAAGGGGCGUGACAUUUCCGAUUCACGUUCUAAGCAUUGCACCAAUCACAAUAGACUGACUGAGCUGACCAAUCAGAGCAGACUGUGCUGCUGGGGAGGGGGUAGCCUCGUGUCACCAGGCUCUUCACGUACGGGGAAGAGCCUGGUUUCCAUUCACUCUGAAUUUUGUCAAGGAGGAGCCAAGAUGGUGCUCUGAGUGGACAUGUUUCUUGCAGUGGAGGUUUGGCAAAGGCAAUUCUCACAAAAUUCUACACUUUUAACAACAAUUUGCACAGCAAACGACUACUUCAAGUUUCUCCAAGAACUUAAUUUAUGUUACAUUGACAAUAAUUUGUUCCUGACAAGUUCUCAACUUCUAAAGUAAGUCUGCCUUCUAACUCAGAGCUAACAUCAAGCUAGCUAAGUUGAUGGCUACACAAGAGCUACAAAAGAUUCUGGAAGAUAUGGAAAUACAAACCGCAAGCGACAAGAGAACAAUACAUGAAAUGCAUUCUUAUGACUACAAUGCUGAAGAUGGCAGAGUUUGUAACUUCCUCCAAAACACACCCACUAAAGCUCAGCCUGCCAAAAAGUUGAAAAAUACCUCAUCACCUACGGAACCUUCACUGAUUGAAGUACAAAAUACUAUCAUAGAGAUUCUCUCUGGAAAAAUCAACGAAAGAGCAGAUCAACUCGAGAACAUGGUCAAGAAAAACUAUUGAGCAAGAGAGAUACAGCCGGAGAUCGAGUCUUCGCCUUUAUGGUGUUGCUAAGAAUCCUGCCGAGAAUGUUAAGCUCAAAGCCAGAGAAAUCUUCAAAGCAGUAGUCUCAGAGAAGGAUAAACAUGAGGUGGCAACUGUGUUGGACGUCGCAUAUCGCCUGGGUCGACUGAAAACCGGGGAGGGCAGAGAUGUGCGACCACGUCCGAUAAUCAUAAGAUUUGUGUCGAGAACAUCGAGGGACCUGACAUGGAAGUCUGCGAAACAGAACGACUUCUUGAAAAGUAAAGGAUACAGCUUCAAGUAGGACCUCACUGCCAGUGACAGAGAAGCCAGAAGCUGCCUGUCGCCAGCAGUGGAGAAGGCAAGAAAAGAGGGCAAGUCUGCAUACUUCAGUGGAGCCAGAGCUUUUAUUGAGGGGAAAGAACUGCAUCCUGAUGGAAAAGGAAAGUGAAAAUAGCGCAAAUCCACAACGACCUCAAUGUUGUUUACAUGAACAUUUGACUAUUAUUUGAUAAAUCAACAUCAUUUAAGGUGCUGAUGAGGUUACAUGUGAAAUUGAAAUAGUUUUUUUUGUUAAAAUCUCUUGUUUUACAACAUAAAAUGCAAACAUGUUCAAUAAGGUUUGCUGUGCUGUUGUUAAUUCAACAUGUUAAAUAUGCGAGAACCCUAUAGCCUUUCGUAAAAGUUAAACUCAGUCUAAAAAGAGUGAACUUUUUCUUUUUUUCCUUUCUCUAAUGUCUCUUUCCGUGUUUUCUAUAAAUGCCAGGGGAAUAUGAGACCUAUUUAAAAGAAAAGCCAUUUAUUUAUAUUGCAGAGGUAAAGGUGCUGAUUUUCAUUUUGUACAGGAAACUCAUGCUUGUCCAGCAGAUGAGUCUUUUUGGAAAAAUCAAUGGGGUAAUGAAAUGUGGUUUUCCAAUGGAAAUAAUCGGUCAGCAGGGGUCGCCAUAUUAAAGGACAAAUUCAACGGCCAGAUAUUACACAGUGAAACUGAUAUGUCAGAGAGAUGGAUCAUUUUAGUUGUUGAUAUGAAUCAAAGUCAGUUUAUUUUGAUUAAUAAUUAUGCUACCAACAAUAAGACCACCAAUUUAGCAUUGUUUCAAAGUACUGAAUCAAAAAUAUAUCAUCUUUACUCAACUUAUCCACUUGUUAAAGUAAUAUGGGGAGGUGAUUUUAAUACUGUUUUUGAUGAAAUUAUGGAUUGAUGGCCUCCAAAAAAUUCAACUACUAACUGUGAACUGGAAAAUAUUUGUAUAAGGAUGAAUUUAAUCGAUAUUUGGAGACAGAAAAACCCGCAGAACAACAUGUAUACUUGGAGUAAUAAGAAUAUGUCUUUACUAUCACGCACAGACUUCUGGCUUAUCUCUAAGGAUCUUGUCCCUGUGGUUGGAGGUAUCUUGAUAGAACCAGCAAUUCUAACAGACCAUAAAGGGAUCUUCAUCAAAAUCAUUCUAGCGAAAAACAACACAGGCUAUUGGAAAUUUAAUAACUUGUUAUUGAAGAAUGCAGACCUCAUAGUGGAAAAUAAUAUUAUUAUUGACAAGUACUGGAAUAAAGUGUGUAUUACUGGUUCUUCUGGAUACUUUUGGGAACUAAUGAAAUAUGAUAUUCGAAGAGCUGAACUUAAAAAAGGUAAAUUCAUGGCAAAUUGGAAAAAAACACAAAGAAAUUGAGAUUAUCAGAGAUAUUUUGAAUCUGCAAACAAAAAACUGUAAUGAUUUAACUAAUGAAGAGAUGAUGAAUUUGAAUAACUUGCAAAGCCAAUUAGAGAAUAUUUCUGAAGAGAAAACUAGAAGUGCUUUUAUUAGAUCAAGAUGCAAAUGGCUUGAGCAAGGUAAGAAAAAUACUAGAUAUUUUUAGAAAUGCAGAAUUUGCAGCAGUAAGUAAAUUGAUUAUCAAUGGCACAAUCUCUGAUGAUCCUAAAAUCUCUCAACAUGUAGCUCAACUAUCAAAAUUUAUGUUCUUCAACCUUUACACCCUCCCAUAUUGAACCAUUUUUAGACAAUAUUUCAGCAGAUUCAAGAAAAAUAAAUGAUGAUCUUAGAGUCUCAUCUGAAGAGGAGAUAUCGUUGGCUGAAAUUAGUGAAUGUAUUAAAUCCCUUCAAGAAACAAAUCUCCUGGUAAUGACGGUUUGACAGGGGAAUUUUAUAAGACUUUCAAUCUUAAACUUGCUCCUUUCCUACUAGCCAUGUUUAAAGCUCCCUCCUACGUUAAGGCAAGGAGUAAUCACAUUAAUUCCCAAACCAAAAAAAGAGAGAUUACACAUAGCAAAUUGGAGGCCUAUCAGUCUGCUGAACAAUGAUGCAAAAUUAUUUGCUUUAAUUUUUGCUAGGAGGUUAAAACAUAGAUUAGAUCAAAUAAUAGAUAUAGAGCAAUCUGGUUUUAUACAAAAAAAGACAUAUUAGCAAAACAUUUGACUAAUACUGGAUAUGAUAGAUUAUCGUGAUUUAAUACCAGAUGACAGUUAAAUCUUAUUUAUGAUUUCUACAAAGCCUUUGACACAAUUGAACACGAGUUUAUUUUUAAAACCAUCUCUUUUUUUGGCUUUGGAGAAUAUUUCUGUAAUGCAAUUCAAACUCUAUGUAAGAACUCUUCCAGCUCUGUAAAACUGAAAUGUGGCACAUCAAGUCAGUUUGACAUUCAUCGUGGUAUUAGACAGGGUUGUCCAGUAUCUCCUUUUUUUUGUUUAUAUUAGUAACCAAUGGCCACUCAGAUUAAAAAAAAAUCAACCUUCAUGGGUAUAAAUGCAGUAGGCAAGAACUUCAAAUUAUGUCAACCGGCAGACGAUACUGCAAUUUUUCUUAAAGAUCUGAAUCAAAUUGUAGAAGCUGUGGCUUGUAUAAAUGCAUUUUCUGAUGUUUCUGGUUUAAAGAUGAACUUGGAUAAAUCUGUCUUAUUUCCAGUUAAAAGCCGUAAUUUGUCAAGCUGUUAUGGGAUUCCAAUUAAAGAAAAGGUAACCUACCUAGGGAUUGUUAUCUGCAAUGAUGCGGAACAGCGAAGUAAAGCCAAUUUUGAUCCCAUUACUGAAAAAACAAAAUUAAAAUUGAACUCAUGGUUAAUGAGAGAUAUAUCCUUAUUUGGAAGGGUCUUGCUAUGAAAAACACAAGGUAUAUCUAGAUCUGUCUAUGUAUCAUUAUCACUUAAUGUCCCAACAAAUGUUAUUAAACAACUGGAUAAGAUCAAACGUAGUAGGGAGCAAGGUAGUCUUGAGGUCUUGGACUUUAGUUUAUUAAAUAAUACAUUUAAAGUUAAAUGGCUUAUUAAAAUACUAAAGAAUCCUGACAGUAUAUGGUAUGCUUUCCCAUCAUAUUUAUUUAAUUCAAUUGGUGGCAUUGAUUUUUUUAUUCAAAUGCAAUUUCCCCAUUGAUAAAAUCCCAGUUAGUUUAGCUAAUUUUCACAAACAAGCUCUCUUAGCGUGGUUGUUACAUGCCAGGCAGGGGCCAAGUGCAGUUGUGUUUGUACGUGUGUUUUUCCCUCCUGGUCUUCUCUCUCUCUCUCUCUCUCCUCCUCUCUGCUCUCCAGGUGCCAUCAACCUGAUUGGCCUGCACCUGUAGAGUGUGGGUGCUUGCAGACUGGCCAAUCACAUCCAGAGCUCUUGCAUAAAAGGACCAUGCCUGCAGUGAUCACUCUCUACUCCUCUGCCUGCUAGAGCUGCUGCACAUGUUGAGUGAACUUGGAUGCACAAAACAAGGUUUUGUGGGGUGAGGUUUGUGGACAUAGGUAAGACGGGGUACCCUUUACAUUUCUUCAUUCACGUAGGUAUCCAUUGUUGUAAAACACUAGGUUUUAGGGUUGGUGCCACCACUGUAUUUAUUUUUGGUUAAGCUUCUUUUUUAGAUAAGAGAGUCAGGUUUUUGUUUGAGUUUUGUUUAAAGUUCAGACUCAGUUUAGGUCCAGUUUUAUUGUAACUCUUACUGUUUAUUUGGCACAACCACCUUGUCCCACCCUCCUCCACAAUUGUGAUCUUUUGUUAGUAGAUUUAAUCAUGGACCGCGGAACGCAUCUGAACAGGGGGGG